UCUUCUAUUUCCGGUGUUCCCACUGUGUUAGUUUCCGGGUGUUGUAGUAAUCAGGCGAACGCGUAUAAGCUGCGUUUCUUUGCGAAGAAAGAGAAGAGUGGAGUAUUUGGAGAAGGAGUUUCUGUAAAAAUUCUGACCACAAAACACCGAAGGCUUCACCAAUGAUCUAAAAAGCAGAGUGCUCGCUUUCUGGUAUCGUUUCCUGCCUGGUGCCCAAGAUGGCAAGUGCUGCUUCAGCCUCUACAGAGAGCACCAGUUCAGGGGGAGCUACUGGCACUGCUGGAGAAGGCAGCAACCAGGACAGCACAUUCGAGUGCAACAUCUGCCUGGACACUGCCAAGGAUGCUGUCAUUAGUCUGUGUGGACACCUCUUUUGCUGGCCCUGUUUACAUCAGUGGUUAGAGACGAGACCAAACCGCCAGGUUUGCCCAGUGUGCAAAGCAGGAAUCAGUCGAGAGAAAGUUAUCCCGUUAUAUGGCCGGGGGAGUACAGGGCAGCAGGACCCAAGGGAGAGAACACCACCUAGACCUCAGGGACAGAGACCUGAACCAGAAAACCGAGGGGGAUUUCAAGGGUUUGGUUUUGGAGAUGGGGGAUUUCAGAUGUCCUUUGGAAUUGGAGCCUUUCCGUUUGGUAUUUUCGCCACAGCAUUUAACAUUAAUGAUGGGAGACCACCUCCAGCUGUCCCUGGAACCCCACAGUUCAUGGAUGAGCAGUUCCUCUCCCGUCUCUUUCUGUUUGUCGCCCUGCUGAUCAUGUUUUGGCUUCUUAUUGCAUAAGGACUGGUUGCAAACUGCAAAAAGGGACUCCCAACGAAGACAACUAAUUAUAUAUAUAUAUAUAUUUUUUUUUUUUUCAUUAAUAAAAAAAUAAUCUAUUUCUGGAAUGGUUGGGAAGAAUAGAAAAAAAGAAGUAAGAGAGCCUUCUGGAUAAUGAAAUGAUUUCUUCAUUCAGUUCAAAGAAGUUUCAUUCCAAUGGGAUACUUUACCUAUAAACAAAAUGUGAUUUAAAUACAAUGGCUUUUGAACAAUUAAACGUGGGCAAGAUUGUUUUUAUAGCUGACUCUUUAUUCUUGGUUUACUGCAAUUGGUAUUUUAAAAUCUCUAGAAGGGUUUGUUCUUUCAGCCAACUAGUUUAAUAAAUCCAUUGAUUCAUUGUUACCACUGGGUUAUUGUUAAACUUUUCCAGGUAUCAUGUAGACGCUCCCUGACUAAGUAUUAUAUAGAUUUAUAUGUAAUUCACAGGGGUGUUUUUUGAAAAAUAUCUUUUUUUUUUUUUUUACACCACUUGCUUUUUAAGAAAUCUGACUGUUAGUUUGAACUAUGCUUGGAGCAUAUGCUUGCAGUGACAAUUCAAGUCUAACAUGGUAAGAAUCUAUUGAUUUUUAGAAAUCAUAACAAAAUACUUGCUGUUUUCCUUAUUUUUGUGUCCACACUUAAUUAAACAUAAUUAACGAUCAUCUACAUCGCUAAAAGCGCUACUUGGACUUCUGUAAACCAUCUCAAGGAAAGUCUGGAAACCUCUCCUGUUAGCAGUUUCUGAAUGUUAAAACACAGGCAGGGCACUAGGUGGCACUAGAGCCUGGGUUUUCUGAUUUGAAUAGUUGAAGAAUUACAGUAAGGUUAAAGAAAUCCGCACAUUGUAACACUGUAUUUUAAAUCCAAUCAAACAAUAGGCCACCAGAAAUGUAUUAAAAACAAACUGUGUACCUGAUGGAUUUUCACAUUUGUUUUUAUCUAUGCGUUUGCAUGUUUUCUUAAAAACAUAAUUCUUCAUGGUAAGUUAAAAGUGCAGUAACUCACUCGGUUUGAAAAAUAUUUGAGAUGAUUGUUACUACUUAAGAUCAGUAAAAUAAUGGUUAAUAAUCUGCUUUCUGUAGUAUUUUGCUAGAUGAGCUAUGUAAUGGAGGUCGUAAUUCAUAUUCUGUUACCCAUUGCUGUAGGUGGGUGUAAUGCAGUUUGGUUUUCUGCAGCUGAAACUUUCAUGGGAGAAUAUAAAGUUUAAAUAAAGUACACUGUUUGCAGAUCCACUAAUGUUAUAAUGUACUCACAGACACCUAAGAGUUUAGUAUAACAUUUAACAUGUUUAUGGGACUUUGCUGUUUUAAUCUGUCUGAACUAACUGUACAAUUUUACUAGCAUACCAAUUGUGAAAAUGCAAAGAGUUUUGCAGAAGCUUGAUGCAAUGUCUUAUUUUAUUUUCAACUGGUCAUGAUCUUUUGUAGAUAAAAACAUAAUUUUGCUUGUUAAGUAUCUUUGGCAUUGUUUUCAGUAAACUGCAGUGUGUUGCUUUUUUUAUUUUGAGAACCGUUUUCAUAUUUCUCAAGGUUGUUUUUUUUUUUUUUUUUGUAAUGAGCAUUUCCGAGUUUUGAGUGGUGUUUGUGUACAAACACGUAAAGGCAAGCCAACUAGAAAAACUACAUUGAAUAACUACAUGGGAAAGCUAAACAUUUUCUUUUUUCUAGUAGGAUCUAUGCAAAGUCAUCUUGAGUUUCUUUAUUCGUAGGUGUUCUUUAGACAUUCUGGCUUGUUUGUUUUUUGGGUUUUUUUAAAGUAAUGUGACUUUUGGAGAGACUAUCAGCAUCAGAGCUUGUGCACAACAAAAGAUAAUUAUUUUAUAACUGAGAUUAGAUUAAAAUGGGAAGUUAGUAACAAAAUAUUUUAACUUAAGUCAUUGACGUCCUUCAAACACACACUCAUAAAUUGAUUAAACUUAUUAGUGACUUGCAGGUUGAGUAGACAAAUAAAGGCUAAUGCUUUGAUCACUGUGAAAUGUUUUUACUUUAGUCUUGCUCAGUAAAACCAAUUGUUAAGUUUUACCUUAAAAAAAAAACAAAAAAAAAAAACUUUCCCUCUAGGUUUAAGGGAAAGUGUACUAUUUUUUAAUCCUUUAAUAAUUAUGCUUUAGCUCGGUUCUUACAAAUGCCAACUGGUUUGAAUGGUUCUGUACAUUUAUUUUGUGAAAUUCUAGAGAUGCACCUUUUUAAAUUAUUAUACAUUAAUGGUUAUUAACAGGUUAGAUGUAAAUGUUUAAUUGUUUCUUGUGUUAUUUAUUUAUACUGAUGUUCUCAAAAGGUGUGCAGUUACAAUAAAAUGUGUAAUUCUUCACUGCUAAAUGUUAGAACUGUUACAUCAGUUCUCUGUAUAAUAUUGGCCUAAUAAAUACAUGUAUUUUUGAAAAGGU